GCGUGUCUAGUCAAGCGCAGUGUUCCGGGCAGGCAGCGAGAGAUCAACAUGUCAUCCCCGAAGUCCCCAGAGGAUCAACAGAGCGGCGAAGAUCGCGGCGAUCUCUCCGGGGAUCUUCGUAGCGUCCUGGUCACCAGUGUGCUCAACCUCGAGCUGCUGGACCAGGAUCUCUUCAGAGGAAGGCAUUACUGGGUACCUACCACCCAGCGGCUCUUUGGAGGUCAGAUCGUGGGCCAAGCUCUGGUAGCUGCAGCCAAGUCUGUGAGUGAAGAUGUUCACGUGCAUUCUCUGCAUUGCUACUUUGUUCGGGCAGGGGACCCAAAGGUGCCAGUGCUGUACCAGGUGGAGCGGACACGAACAGGAGCAAGCUUCUCAGUGCGCUCUGUGAAGGCCAUACAGCAUGGUCAACCCAUCUUCAUCUUCCAGGCCUCCUUCCAACAGACCCAGCCCAGCCCCGUGAUGCACCAGUUCUCCAUGCCUGCUGCGCCCCCACCAGAAGAGCUGCUGGACCAUGACACCCUUAUUGACAAGUAUUUAAGUGACCCUGACCUCAAAGAGAAGUACCGAGUGGGGCUGAACCGAAUUGCUGCCCAAGAUGUGCCCAUUGAGGUUAAGCUGGUGAACCCACCCACUGUGGGCCAGCUGCAGAGAAUGGAACCCAAACAGAUGUUCUGGGUGCGAGCUCGGGGCUAUAUUGGGGAAGGAGACAUCAAGAUGCAUUGCUGUGUGGCCGCUUAUAUCUCCGAUUAUGCCUUCCUGGGCACAGCUAUGCUGCCCCACCAUUGGAAGUAUGAGGUGAAAUUCAUGGCCUCACUAGACCACUCUAUGUGGUUCCAUGCCCCCUUCCGAGCUGACCACUGGAUGCUGUAUGAGUGCGACAGUCCCUGGACCGGUGGCUCUCGAGGGAUGGUCCAAGGGCGACUGUGGCGUCGAGAUGGGGUCCUGGCUGUGUCCUGUGCCCAGGAGGGUGUGAUCCGAGUAAAGCCCUGUAUCUCAGACAGCAAGCUGUAGCCAGAGGUACCAGCUUGGCCUGGAGCUUCAAGGACCUUCCUUCUACCACCAUUCCUGAGGCAGGAGUUACAGU